UAAAAUUAUUUUUUUAAAAAAUCAAAUCAAAAUGGGUGUCAAUUUGGAUAACACAUGAAAUCAAAUCGGGUCGGGUCGGGUCGAAAUAUUGUAGCCCCACCCUGACCCAGCUGAGCAACUUCCUUGUGAGGAUGCUUCUCCAAAGGUUGAAGCAUUUUUUUUCCUUCUCAUGAACUUGUUUGCAGGCUUCGUAGCUGCGCCAGGAAGGUUUCUUGUCCUCAUACCUCACUGCAGAUGCAGUUUAUGCUCGCAGUCGCAAUUGCAUAGUUUUCAUACGCGCAUCGAUGGGAAAGGGGGAGAGGUCGCGCCACUGGAGGAAGAACAAAGAGAUGCCUCUGCUCUUCAAUCAAAUCACACCAUCUCACAACUUCUUCAGCUUCCAAAGGAGGCGGAACUAAUGGUCGAACGAAUUGUGGACUUGCAUAAAGAAGUGACAAAACACCUCACCAAAGCGGCGGCAUCCUACAAAAYUGCAGCAGACACACAUAGACAACAGAAGACAUUUGAAGUGGGGGACCUAGUCAUGGUGUACUUAAAGAAAUCCCGCUUUCCUAAAGGAACCUACAACAAACUCAAGCAACAAGAAGAUCGGUCCAUUUGAGAUACUUCACAAGUAUGGUGAUAAUGCAUGCAAAGUGAAUCUACCAGAAGACCUUCGCAUAACUCCCAUCUUCAAUGUAGCAGAUAUCUAUGACUAUAAAGCUGAGGAUGCGUUUGCCCUAGCUAGCCAAACUCGAGGACGAGUUUUUUCUUAGAGGGAGGUAAUUUGAAGUAACUCUUAGUUACCGUUUUAUAGCCGUUAGCCAUUUACAUUUAAAACCAUCUGUUAAAGAAUUAGUUAGUUAGUUGUUAGUUGGGCUGCCAGCUUAUAAAAGCCAGCCCGCCUCUCUGUUUUGGGUAACAAGAAAUUUCAGAGUUUUUUUUCUUCUUGGUCUACACCACUUUCUCCCUACUGAGAUUGAAAUCAAAGACCCUCUUUUGGGGAGUGCCUUGGUAAGAGUUAAAGAUUGUUGCAAUUUGAAACCCCCUGAGGAAGAAGAAGCAUUCAUUCUCAAUCUCGGUAAUUUUUCUAACAUAUUGGAUUUAAAAUGCAUCAAAAUGGUGAUUGGGGAUGAAGAGACAUGCUUUGAAGGUGAAGAGUCCCAAACCUCCUUUUUAUCCAAUUCCUUAGAAGAGAAAGAACUCCAAGCUGCACACUCAUUAAAUGAGGUAGGUAAAGCAGACUCUAAAGACAGKUUGGAGGAGGACGUUUUGGAUUUUGCACAUGCUGUGAAUUAUGAUCAACUAGUGCCAUUAAAUGGAAGGCCAAAGGUUUAUUCUUUCUCCCUAAACCCUGAGAAGUCCAAACAACUUAUUCAACCCCUUCCUUUUUGUUACACCAAACUUUUAAUAUUUCCUCCCUCAAUCUGCUUGGUAAACCACCUGAAUUCAUCCAAUUUUCUUAAAACUUCUAACGUUCCUUUAGUUCCCUAAAUGAAAAACUUGGUUCCUGAUUUACAUCCCAAAAUACGUCCGAUUUACAUCCCAAAAACUUUAGUUCCCUUUCAAACAUGGGCUACGAAUUUCCAGCCUACCAUAUAUAUAAUAAGCUUUUUAACAUCUACAUGAUGGACACCUACCCCUAUUCCUUGCUUUUCUUUUGUCAUUGGCAGCUUCUUCUGCUAUCAAAAUAAAAUCAAUGAUUAUGGUUUAUCGUUUUAGUAGAAAUUCAAUUUGA